AUGCCCGCCUACACACAGGGCAUUUACAAACACAUAGGACUCAUGCCCGCCUACACACAGGGCAUUUACAAACACAUAGGACUCAUGCCCGCCUACACACAGGGCAUUUACAAACACAUAGGGCUCAUGCCCGCCUACACAGAGGACAUUUACAAACACAUAGGACUCAUGCCCGCCUACACACAGGACAUUUACAAACACAUAGGGCUCAUGCCCGCCUACACACAGGGCAUUUACAAACACAUAGGGCUCAUGCCCGCCUACACACAGGGCAUUUACAAACACAUAGGGCUCAUGCCCGCCUACACACAGGGCAUUUACAAACACAUAGGGCUCAUGCCCGCCUACACAGAGGACAUUUACAAACACAUAGGACUCAUGCCCGCCUACACACAGGGCAUUUACAAACACAUAGGACUCAUGCCCGCCUACACAGAGGGCAUUUACAAACACAUAGGGCUAUUCCGGCUCAUGCCCGCCUACACACAGGGCAUUUACAAACACAUAGGACUCAUGCCCGCCUACACACAGGGCAUUUACAAACACAUAGGGCUCAUGCCCGCCUACACACAGGGCAUUUACAAACACAUAGGGCUCAUGCCCGCCUACACACAGGGCAUUUACAAACACAUAGGGCUCAUGCCCGCCUACACACAGGACAUUUACAAACACAUAGGGCUCAUGCCCGCCUACACACAGGGCAUUUACAAACACAUAGGACUCAUGCCCGCCUACACACAGGGCAUUUGCAAACACAUAGGACUCAUGCCCGCCUACACAGAGGGCAUUUACAAACACAUAGGACUCAUGCCCGCCUACACAGAGGGCAUUUACAAACACAUAGGGCUCAUGCCCGCCUACACACAGGGCAUUUACAAACACAUAGGACUCAUGCCCGCCUACACACAAGGCAUUUACAAACACAUAGGGCUAUUCCGUGUGCACGCAUCUGCCAUAGGCCUUAUGCCCCAGGUCCCUGAAGGGUCCAGGGUUUCCUUGCAGUGCUCGGUCCCAGACCCAGGCCCCACUGUGGACUGGUUUUGGGUCCUGGAGUCCAGAGGGGAGGUGGAUUUCAUUGUCUCUGUUUACACUAUGAACCCCGGGGAGAAGAGGAGGGGUCCAUCUAUAGACUCCUUCAGUCUGGAGGACAUCAAAAAUCUGACUCUGGGGAGGAAGAGGGAGGAAGAGGGAGGAAGAGGAGGAAGAGGGAGGAAGAGGAGGAAGAGAAGGAAGAGGGAGGAAGAGGGAGGAAGAGGGACGAAGAGGAGGAAGAGGGAGGAAGAGGAGGAAGAGAAGGAAGAGGGAGGAAGAGGAGGAAGAGGAGGAAGAGGAGGAAGAGAAGGAAGAGGGAGGAAGAGGGACGAAGAGGAGGAAGAGGGAGGAAGAGGAGGAAGAGAAGGAAGAGGGAGGAAGAGGAGGAAGAGGGAGGAAGAGGAGGAAGAGGGAGGACGAGGGAGGAAGAGGAGGAAGAGGGAGGAAGAGGAGGAAGAGAAGAGGAGGAAUAGGGAGGAAGAGGGAGGAAGAGGAGGAAUAGGGAGGAAGAGGAGGAAGAGGAGGAAGAGGAGGAAUAGGGAGGAAGAGGAGGAAGAGGGAGGAAGAGGAGGAAGAGGGAGGAAGAGGAGGAAGAGGGAGGAAGAGGAGGAAGAGGGAGGAAGCGGAGGAAGAGGAGGAAGAGGGAGGAAGAGGGAGGAAGAGGGAGGAAGAGGAGGAAGAGGGAGGAAGAGGAGGACUUCAUGCAUUUGGGGACCAGUUGGCGCUGAAGCAGUGGGCGUGUUCGCGCACGCAAUCAGCGCACGCGCAUUUAGCCUGGAGGAUAGCGACACAACCCCCUGCGCCCCUCGACCGCGGUCCCCUGCGCCCCUCGACCGCGGUCCCCUGCGCCCCUCGACCGCGGUCCCCUGCGCCCCUCGACCGCGGUCCCCUGCGCCCCUCGACCGCGGUCCCCUGCGCCCUUUGACCGCGGUCCCCUGCGCCCCUCGACCGCGGUCCCCUGCGCCCUUUGACCGCGGUCCCCUGCGCCCCUCGACCGCGGUCCCCUGCGCCCCUCGACCGCGGUCCCCUGCGCCCUUUGACCGCGGUCCCCUGCGCCCCCCGACCGCGGUCCCCUGCGCCCCUCGACCGCGGCCCCCUGCGCCCUUUGACCGCGGUCCCCUGCGCCCUUUGACCGCGGUCCCCUGCGCCCUUUGA